ACAGGUGCCAACCCCCUGCAGAAGAACGAGAUGGGCCACACGCCGCUGGAUUACGCCCGCGAGGGGGAGGUGAUGAACCUCCUGAAGGCAUCGGAGGCGAAGUUCCAAGAGGAGCAGCGUCGCCGGGAGGUGGAGGAGCGCCGCAGGUUCCCCCUGGAGCAGAGGCUGAAGGAGCACAUCAUCGGCCAGGAGAGUGCCAUAGCCACGGUGGGGGCAGCUAUUCGGAGGAAGGAGAACGGCUGGUACGACGAGGAGCACCCGCUGGUCUUCCUCUUCUUGGGAUCAUCUGGGAUAGGUAACGUCAGCGGGAUGCAGAGCUGCUCCGCACCGCAGCGUCACAAAGGUUGCAGCAGAGCUGAAUCCAACCCCAUCAUCGUGCGUCCCGCAGCUCCACAUCCCUGCCCUUCUGGGACACCCCCAGGGUCCCCCCCCAACUCCCUGGGCAGCCGUGCGGCGCGUGGCCGCUCUUGGGAGAAGAUAUUUCCCCCUCGUAGCCCCAACCCGAACCCAAACCCCAGCGCCGUCCCAAGGAAGGGCUGCACGCCCCCUCCGCGUCCCCCAGGCGCCCAUCCGCAUCCCUCACUGCUCAGCCCAGCUCCGAAAUGAGCAUCUUCCCCUUGCAGGAGCACAGGCCCAGCAGAGCCCUGCUGUCCCACGGGAUUCCUCGUGGCUGGGAGCUGUGGCUGCUCACAAACCCCGUCUCCUCCUGCUCACGCGGGCUCCGAUGGCUCUGCGGCAGCAUCGUUGUGUUGGUGCUGAUAAUAUUUCUCCUCGAGCGGCGUGAAGCUGAUUGGUUCAUGAAACGGGCAGAACGGGUUUUACUUGGGGGGGUGAAGGGCGAGAAGGAAAGGAAUUAGAAAUCAUGAGAUCUCAAGUAACAAAUGGUGGCAUUCAAAGCAACACCGGCGCUUCUCCUCUCUGGGCAAGGGCAGGGGAUAAGAUGUGAACAAAUACUGAGUCAAGAUAUGAAUGGAUAUUGGAAUAAAAUGUGAGUGGAUGUUGGAAUAAAGUAUGAAUGGAUGUUGGAAUGAGAUGUGAAUGGAUGUUGGAAUGAGAUGUGAGUGGAUAUUGGAAUAAAAUGUGAGUGGAUGUUGGAAUAAAGUAUGAAUGGAUGUUGGAAUGAGAUGUGAGUGGAUGUUGGAAUAAAAUGUGAAUGGAUGUUGGAAUGAGAUGUGAGUGGAUGUUGAAAUGAGAUGUGAGUGGAUGUUGAAAUGAGAUGUGAAUGGAUGUUGGAAUGAGAUGUGAGUGGAUGUUGGAAUAAAGUAUGAAUGGAUGUUGGAAUGAGAUGUGAGUGGAUGUUGGAAUAAAAUGUGAAUGGAUGUUGGAAUGAGAUGUGAGUGGAUGUUGGAAUAAAAUGUGAAUGGAUGUUGGAAUGAGGGAUGAAUGGGUAUGGAGGCAGGAAAGCCGAGCAGCGGAGAGCUGUGUUGUGUGAGUGGACGCGCUGUGUGGGGCUGGGGGUGCCUGGAAGACCAAGGGCCAAACGCCCCACGUGUCUCCAUGUCAGACGUUGUUCAGCUGACCGAGGCACCAAAAGCAUUCCGUCCUUCCCCUGAUAUUCUUCCUCUGGAGAGGAGGCGGAACGCUGACCGUGCGCUUGUGUUUGCAACAGGUAAAACGGAGCUGGCCAAGCAGACAGCCAAGUACAUCCACAAGGAUGUGAAGAAGGGUUUCAUCAGACUGGACAUGUCGGAGUUCCAGGAGAGGCACGAGGUGGCCAAGUUCAUCGGCUCCCCUCCGGGCUACGUGGGCCACGAGGAGGGCGGGCAGCUGACCAAGAAGCUGCGGCAGUGCCCCAACGCCGUGGUGCUGUUCGACGAGGUGGACAAAGCCCACCCGGACGUGCUCACCAUCAUGCUGCAGCUCUUCGAUGAGGGCAGGCUGACGGACGGCAAAGGGAAAACCAUCGACUGCAAGGACGCCAUCUUCAUCAUGACCUCCAACGUGGCGAGCGACGAGAUCGCCCAGCACGCCCUGCAGCUCAGGCAGGAGGCCGCGGAGAUGAGCAAGAAGAGGAUCGCAGAGAACUUAGAGGACGUGCAGGUGUCUGAAAAGAUCACCAUCUCCAAGCAGUUCAAGGAGAAGGUCAUUCGCCCCAUUUUAAAGGCUCACUUCAGACGGGACGAAUUCCUGGGCAGGAUCAACGAAAUCGUUUAUUUCCUCCCCUUCUGCCACUCGGAGCUCAUCCAGCUCGUCAACAAGGAGCUCAGCUUCUGGGCCAAGAAAGCCAAAGCGCGGCACAACAUCACUCUGCUGUGGGACCGGGAGGUGCUGGACGUGUUGGCCGACGGCUACAACCUGCACUACGGCGCCAGGUCCAUCAAGCACGAGGUGGAACGGCGCGUGGUCAACCAAUUGGCGGCCGCCUACGAGCAGGACCUGCUGCCCCGGGGCUGCACCCUGCGCGUGGCCGUGGAGGAUUCCGACAAGCAGCUGCUGAAGACCGACGAGAGCCCUGCGGCGGGACAGGAGAACAGCAAAGCGGCCACGUUGCGCCUGGAGAUCGUGGAGAAGGGCAGCAAGGCGCGCAAGCUGGACAUCCAGGCGCCUCUGAGCCCCAAGAACAUCGCUUACUUCCUGUAGGACAGGAGGGCGCCAGCCACCCCAACGUUGGGCUGCAGGGCCGCCUGCGGGGCUCCUGGAUGUGGGCAAGGAUUUGGGGCAGGCGGCGCAGGGCCGGGGGUGACGGCUGGAGGGGCUUCGGGCUCUUCUGUCAGUGGCAAUAAAGGCGCGCGGGUGAGGGUGGCA